CGCGCGCGCGCGCGCGAAGAUUCGCCGUCGGUGUCGGAACCAGGGUGAAAAGGAAACACAGGGAAUACACUCGGAAUCGUGCUCUUUGUUGCACGCGCACACGUAUCAUUGUCACCUUGUAAAUUACGACGUGGCUGAGUCAUUGUCCGUUGAACGCGCCACCGCGACGCACGCGUACUUUGUUUUUUUUUUUUAUUUCGAGUGCCGCUACCGCGUCCGAACACGAUUCCGCCGUGAGCUCGACUCCACGUGGAACUUGCGCUCAUACGAAUACGUAAUGAGCUAUCGUUCGGCGAACCCGCAUAAUUCCCGGUUGUUUGUGUCACUUUGGCAGCAUAAUACUAUCACAGCAUUGUAUUUCUUUCAUAUAUCCCAUAUUACAUAAGAACUGAAAAUAUUAUCGAGCUGUACGUAUGCGCGUGUUACCUGUUUUUGUAUCUACGAUAUUUAUGAAAUAUUUUUAUGCAUAUAAAAGGAGCAAUAUGUCUGGAGCUUUAUGUAUUUACUUAUAAAUUUACUUACAGUUAUCUAGAGAGGUCUCUUGUGUUUACGUACUUACGUUUGCAAUGUUUGUUUGUUUAGAAAGUAUGGGGUGUUCAUCGAGCGUUGUAAUUGCACAUCGCUCGAGUCAAUACUGCAUUUAGCCUUGCGUUUUGGAUUGUCUUUGAUGCGACAGAAGCAAUACAUUGUUGAGGCACAGUAAUCCAAACUCCUAUUGGGAGAGAUGGAUGCAGUGUGCGACGAGGACAGGCGGAGACGCCUGCGGGCUUUGGAGGAGCGUAUAAAGGAUCCGAGAAGUGUCACAAAUAUCGAUUGUUUGUUGGACACGGUUCAAGCUCUGGUAACAGAUUGCGAUCAUGCGAGUGUGAAACGUAUGAAAAAUAUAGAAGCUUAUUUGAAUAGAUAUGACUCUGUAGCUCAAGAGAUUUAUAAAAUGCGAAUGCGUACGGACGAUUUUACUUUGAUAAAAGUAAUCGGCCGCGGCGCAUUUGGAGAGGUGCAGUUGGUUAGACACAAAUCCACGCAAAAGGUUUAUGCUAUGAAAUUGCUUAGUAAAUUUGAAAUGAUUAAGAGGUCGGAUUCCGCAUUUUUUUGGGAAGAGAGGGACAUAAUGGCUCAUGCAAAUUCUCCGUGGAUAGUCCAACUCCACUUUGCAUUUCAAGAUCAGAAAUAUCUCUACAUGGUGAUGGAUUACAUGCCGGGCGGAGAUCUGGUCAAUUUGAUGUCGAAUUACGAAGUACCGGAGAAAUGGGCAAAAUUUUACUGUGCCGAGGUGGUGCUCGCAUUAGACGCGAUACAUAACAUGGGUUUCGUUCACAGAGAUGUAAAACCAGACAACAUGUUGCUUGAUAGACAUGGUCAUUUGAAACUUGCCGACUUUGGCACGUGCAUGAGGAUGGAUGCUGAUGGAUUAGUACGGUCCGACACUGCAGUUGGUACACCCGAUUAUAUAUCUCCGGAGGUUUUGCAAUCGCAAGGUGGAGAAGGAGUAUACGGUCGCGAAUGUGACUGGUGGUCCGUGGGUGUUUUUCUAUAUGAAAUGUUGUUCGGCGAUACACCGUUUUUCGCUGAUUCUUUAGUCGGGACAUAUUCGAAGAUCAUGGACCAUAGAAAUUCUCUGUACUUCCCUCAGAAUGUGGAGAUCUCUCAUUCGGCAAAGAACUUGAUCUGCGGUUUCCUCACCGAUAGAACGAAGCGUCUGGGCCGUAAUGGCGUUGAUGAGAUUAAAAGUCAUUCGUUUUUCAAGAAUGAUCAGUGGACCUUCGACAAUAUGAGGGAAUGCGUACCGCCGGUAGUGCCCGAGCUUUCUGGAGACGAUGAUACCAGCAAUUUCGACGAUGUUGACAAGGAAGAUGGGCCAGAGGAGAGUUUUCCUGUACCCAAAGCUUUUUCCGGAAAUCAUCUGCCUUUCAUUGGAUUUACUUACUCGGGCGAUUAUCAAUUAAUGGUUUCUUAUGGUAAGGAAUCCGUAGACGGUCUUGAGAAUCAUGUCAACAAUGGCACUACUGACGACGUAAAGAUCUCGCAGUUGGAGAAUUUGUUGGAACGUGAGAGGCGGCAGGUAGAGACGAUGGAGUCAAGGCAAAAGGCAUUGAACAUACAACUGGAAGCGAUGGCAUGUCGAGAGGCCGAAUUGCGCGAGGAAGUUGGCAGAGCAGAUAAAGACUUGACACUGCUUAGGCAUAAUUACAAAGAAGCACAACGCAGAGUGGAUCACGAAACAGAGGCUCGUCGUAAGGCGGAGUCGUUAUUGGUAGAAGUGAAGAAAAAGUUCGACGAAGAACAAACGAGACGGGCGCGAGAUGCCAGUAAUUCACAGCAGACGUCCGAACGAGUGACGACAUUGGAGAAACAAAUUAAAGAAAUGCAAUGUAAACUUGAGCGAGAAACGGAAAUGGUUACGAGAUUGCGUAAGCAAACGACGGAGAUCACCGUGGCGCGCCAAGCCGCUGAGCAAAUGGCGAACGAGUUGCAAGUUGCCAGAGCUCAGUUGCAAGCGCAGCGUGAUAAUUUGCAGCAAGAAGUUGCUACUCUUCAGGGUCAGCUUUCUAAGGAACGUAGUUCGAGAUCGCAAGCGUCAUUGUUAACGGCAGAGUUGGAAACACGUCUUUCCACCUUGCAUCUUGAAUUAGAACGCAGUCAAGAGAAAGAGGAGAAGGCAACUCUGGACAAUAGGCAGCUAACCGAAAGAGUUUCCGCCCUGGAGAAAGAAGCUGCUAGUUUAACACUGGAACUGAAAGCCGCACAGGCCAGGUACAAUCAGGAAGUUGUGGCUCAUCAAGAGACGGAGCGUUCGCGCAUUCUUUCCAAAGAGGAAGCUAAUUUGGAAGUUGUCAAAGAGCAAAAAAAUGGAAUUUUUGAAGCAAAACUAAACGAGGAGAAAAGUGGGAGACAACGUGCAGAAUUGCUCGCGCAAGAAAAGGAACGUCAAACGUCAAUGCUCUCUGUCGACUAUAGACAGAUACAACAACGAUUGCAGAAAUUAGAGGGUGAGCACAGGCAAGAGAUGGAGAAAGUCAAGGUUUUGCAAGGCCAAGUUGAGCAGGAGCAACAGAAAAGGAAUGUUCUGCAGACCGAGUUAGGUCAACAAACAUCCGAAGCCGGUAGACUUCGCGCUCGUGAGCAACAAUUAGUCGGAGAGGUUGCUCAGUUGAGAGAAGCUAAGCGACAAAUAGACGAGGAGUUACAUCAUUUGAAGACGCAAAGAAAUGUCGAUCAGUUACAAUCGAAAGAAUUACAAGAACAAUUAGAAGCUGAAGCUUAUUUCUCGACUCUUUACAAAACACAGACACAAGAGUUGCGUGAAGAAUUGGAUGAGAAAAUAAGAUUGCAGCAGGAAUUGGAAGAAGAACGUAGCUCUUUAGUUCAUCAGCUACAAUUAUCCUUAGCACGAGGUGACAGUGAAGCGCUGGCCAGAUCCAUAGCCGAAGAAACUGUAGCGGAUUUAGAGAAAGAAAGAACCAUGAAAGAACUGGAGUACAAAGAUGGAGUAACCAAGCAUCAUCAGGAGUUAAGCGCAAAAGAGCAGAUCAUAAAUAGACUUAAAGAGAAUGAGAAUGAAUUCAAGAAAUCUGUCGAUCAAGCUCUGAAGGAGAAAGAAGAUUUGAGCAAACGAUAUAAAGAAUUGCAAGACCAACUCGGUAAGGCGCAGUCUAAUGUGGAGGAAAUUGAGAAGCUGAGCAGCAAGUUGAAGACCGAGCAACUAUUAAAGCAGCAAGCGGUCAAUAAAUUGGCUGAAAUUAUGAAUCGAAAGGAUCUCUCGUCGAGUGGAAAGAAUAAGAAUAAAGCAUCUGCUGCAGAUUUGAGGAAGAAGGAGAAAGAUUGCAGGCGUCUGCAGCAAGAACUCACUCAAGAAAGAGAAAAGUACGGACAGCUGGCAGCUAAAUGGCAGAAAGAUUUACAAGAUCUGCAAGCGCAACUUGUGGAAGAAAAUCAAGCGAAGUUAAGGCUGCAGAUGGAACUAGACUCGAAGGAUUCGGAGAUAGAAACACUGCAGAUGAAAAUCGCAUCGCUAAACUCGGAAACUGCAAGCGUAUCGUCUAUAGAGAAUGACGACGGUGAGGAUUCGGUUCUGUCCGAGCAUGGUACAAUGAGAUUGGAAGGUUGGUUAAAUGUGCCAAAUAAGCAGAAUAUUAAACGGCACGGUUGGAAGAAGCAAUACGUCGUUGUUUCUUCCAAGAAAAUAAUCUUCUAUAACAGCGAAAAUGACAAGAUGAACGCCGAUCCAGUCCUGAUAUUAGACUUGAACAAAGUCUUUCAUGUUAGAUCUGUUACUCAGGGUGAUGUUAUCCGAGCUAAUGCCAAAGAUAUACCCAGAAUAUUUCAGUUAUUGUAUGCUGGUGAAGGUGAAGCGAGGCGACCUGGUGACGAGGGGAAUACACUGCCUGGAGUGGAUUUACCACAGCUCACGGACAAACCCGGCACUCAAUCGUUGAAAGGCCAUGAGUUCGUGUCAAUAUCUUAUCACAUGCCCACGACCUGUGAAGUCUGCUCGAAGCAACUCUGGCACAUGUUCCGGCCUUCGCCGGCCCUCGAAUGCCGAAGAUGUCGCAUUAAGGUUCAUAAAGAACAUUUGGAUAAGAAAGAAGAUGCCAUAGCCCCGUGCAAAUUGCACUACGACCCAAACAGCGCCCGUGAGUUACUGUUGCUCGCAGCGAAUCCAGAGGAUCAGAAGUAUUGGGUCUCGCGACUGUCCAGGCGCGUCCAGAAAUGCGGCUACAAGGCGAACUCGCACAUGGACGGCACAGGACAGCGCGUCUCGCCAAGGGAAUCCACGAGGUCAACUUUGAAGCCAUAUCUAUCGGUGCAACAGCGAUCAGCAACAUUGCCAGCGAACGCCAGCAUGGGCAAGUGAUCCUGAAAGAUGCUAAUGCUGGCGGUUCUAGGAAGACUCCGCUCACGAUCUAAUACCCCGUUUCCUCUGACAACCGUUAUGUCAGUGAGAUUAUUGGGCCAUCGUAACGAACUACUGUGACCUCGCGAUUUUCUCUACAUGCCUGACAACCGAAGUAGACUGUCAAUAAUUUCCUAGAUCAAGAGUAAUCGAAAUAGCGACGUGAUGUUAUUGAUUGCAGCUAAUAGUAAGUGAAAUCCAAGCUGAGAAUCACUGGAGAAAACAGGGUUACUUAUAUAUGUGUAUUGGGUGAUAAACGAAUAUGACUAUGGUACGGGAAGGAGGAUGGAAAAAGAUAGGACAUAUGUCCAUGGUCUAUUUGCGCGCCAUUGUCGUUCCCGGGACAAUAACACGGAUCAGAGAUGCGCUGUGUUUUUUGGAAUCGCCAGAUCAUUUUAUGUGAGCGACGAUACGGUGUAUAAUAAUCCUUUUGUAUGAUAUAUUCGCGAUAGACUAUCGAAUGUUCUUUCGAGAAAUGAUCGGAUUUUUACGGUGAUUUUUCUGAUUGGAACUAUACUCGACUUUAUACGCACAUUUCUUACUGCCUUCGAUUAACAAUGAGUCUUGAUGAAAACUUUUAGCUUAAGGCAUUUUUUGGAUGCUUUAAACCGAAAUUUCGGAUGUUUAUGGUAAAGAGCGUAGUAUUUUGAAAUCGUUUUAUGUAUACAUAUAGAAUGUUCUCUGAGAACGUGUGUAUCAAUAAGUACACGUUAAGAAUCUUUUAACGUAACUUGUGUCUUAGAGCGGAUUUAUUUAAUGUUUUUGAUAUUCGGAGCGUGUUUUUGAACGUUAGUUACGUUUUUUGAAGAAGUGUAAAUAACUGGUCACACGUUCGAGAAUCAAUGUUUUUUUUUAUCGAAGUCUGGCACGUGAGUCGGUUCCGCGGACAUUGCGAGGAAGAAAUAAUAUUGCAAGAUUGACAAGCGUAAGAGUACAACAGUGAGUGCCAGCUUGUACAGCAGAGAUAAUGAUUACGGCUGUAAGUUAAGAAUUUUUAUUACGCUGAUGCACGAGCUAAUAUGACGUCCGCUGUAUCCCGACAGAAAGAGGCAGACAGAGAGAAGAAUAAAAGGCUAAGAAAUGAGAGGACUAAAUUAAGAAAAUCAUGCAUAAUCGAGAGGCUUAGAAGCUUCGUCAUGGUGCCAUAUGGUUUGGCCAUCCUUGGCAUCGAAGGAAGCGAUAAAAAGAAAGCAGAGAAAAAUGAGUUUAGAAACCGUUUUAGGUUUAUUAUUAACGCGUCAUCGCCGUCUGUGUUCUUUUUAAAAUACCUCCGCGAGACAUCGUGUCGCGCCGAGACUCGUCGGAACGAAGAGAGCCGCUUACAUCGAUCGAUGUUAGUCAGCUAACUCUGAUUAAUUAAGUUCUUUUUCGCAAUUUGAAUUUACGGACAUUAAUUGCAAUUAAACGAAUGAUGAUUCUCUAUUUCUCUCUCUAGAAAUGGAAUCUGAAGACAAAAGUUUUGUCUAUAUUAUGUCUCCUGGAAGAUCUACGAAGUUUUGCUUUCUUCCAGAAACAGAAUCUCAAUUAACUUUAAUUUAUGGAUGAUAGCGAGAUAGAAAGGAAUCAGUGACUAGAAUUUAGUUAAGCAAUAGACGAAUUCAUAAAAGCAAUAGAAGUAAGUUAAGCAAGAUUGAAUUCAGCAUUCGUUACAGCAAACUGUGAUUCGUUCUCUUUCUCUAUUUGGAUCUUAGCUAGCAUUCAAUAGAGAAUAGAGCUAACCGAAAUUAGUUAACUAACAGUUGUCGGUGUAAAUGGCUCCAAGAACUCAGCGAGACGUCCCUCAAAUGGUGCUCCUCCCUGUCCUAUCCAUCCUUUUGGUUUGGCGAAGCAAGAACGAGCGAGAAACUUAUCGGAAGUUUUUCAUCGUUGCGAUGAUAAUUGAAGUUGAAAGUACGAAAGAGAGAAAAAGAAAGGUGCAUAUUGAUGAAAGGAAAUACCAUCCGAUAUACUGCCCCGUGCCUUCUUCAUCGUUUCGAUCCUCCAUGAGGGCGGAACUAGAAGAAAAUUGACAAUGAAGUGAAAAA